AGCCUAUUACAGUUAGCUGUGGCUCCUGGGUAUAGCUUCGCUCCAGUGCAUGCACGCACUACGCUGUCUUCUGAUCUUGUCGUGGCAUAUUGCGAAAUAAUAAAACCGUGUAGGCCUAGGGUCUAAACAAGUUAACUGCUCAUACAUAUGAACUCAACUUGAAGAACAAUCUGGGAUUCAGAAUGGACAACCUGGUUGAAAAAUUGACAUCUCGAGCUUCCGAACAAGAGGCUCAGAUCGCGGAACUGAAGCAGCAGAUCAGAGAACUGCAGAAUGGUGGGACUGAAGAAUGGGAGCAGGUGCCUCCUGAACUUGAGAAACUGCAGACUGAAAAUCAAAAGCUCAAGUACCGCAUUCUGCACCUAAAGAGGAGCAUUGAUGAGGAGGAGUCUCAAAGCGGUGGUGAUAGUCUCGGUAACAAUGUCUGUGACAGGCUUACAGAGAUCUUCAGGACUGCCCUUCGUGUUGCCUAUCCUUCCCUUACCAAUGCUGCUGUGUCGGUCCAGCCCAGCCAACAGGAGAGGUUUGGAGACUACCAGUGCAACAAUGCUAUGAUUAUUGCCCAGCAAUUGAAGGCUCAAGGCUCCCCAGUCUCUCCCCGAGUUGUUGCCCAGCAGAUCCAGGCAAAUAUCCCUCCAAAUGAUGUCAUCGAAAAGGUUGAAAUUGCUGGACCGGGUUUCAUCAACAUCCACCUCAAGAAAUCCUACAUUACCCCCCUCAUCACCGGUAUCCUGACCCAAGGGGUACUCCCUCCGCCCCUCAAAAAGAAGAAGAGGGUCGUCAUUGACAUGUCUUCUCCCAAUAUAGCCAAGGAGAUGCACAUCGGUCACCUGAGGUCAACCAUCAUCGGGGAGAGCAUUUCUCGGCUCAUGGAGUUCGUAGGUCAUGAUGUAUUGAAGGUUAACCAUCUUGGAGACUGGGGAACUCAGUUUGGCAUGCUCAUCACCCAUCUCGCUGAUCAGUUUCCAAACUAUCUCAAUGAAUCUCCUCCCAUUCAGGAUCUUCAAAAGUUCUACAAGGAAUCAAAGGUGAGGUUUGAUGGUGAUGAAGAAUUCAAGAAGAGGGCAUACCAGAUGGUUGUUAGACUCCAGGGUGGUGAACUGGCCAUCAUCAAGGCUUGGGAACUCAUCUGUGACAUCUCAAAGAGAGAAUUCAACAAAAUCUAUGAGCGCCUUGAUGUGAAGAAUUUAAUCCCUAGAGGAGAGUCGUUUUACCAAGAAAGAAUGAAUGUUGUGGUGGAGAAACUUGAGGCCGGAGGAUACUUGGAGUUAGAUGAGGGUAGAAAGAUCAUGUUCACACCGGACAGCACCGUGCCUUUAACUAUCGUCAAGUCCGAUGGGGGCUACACUUACGACACCUCAGACAUGGCCACUCUGUACCAGAGAGUGCAUGAGGAGAAAGGAGAAUGGCUCAUAUAUGUAGUCGACAUGGGACAGGGAACUCAUUUUGAUGCAAUCUUCAGCGGCUGUCGCAAGGUUGGAUGGUAUGAUCCUAAGGAAGUCAGAAUAGAGCAUGUUGGAUUUGGUGUUGUAUUAGGAGAAGACAAGAAGAAGUUCAAGACCCGUUCUGGAGAUGUUGUCAAGCUGGUUGAGCUUCUUGAUGAGGGGCUGAGGCGAUCAUUGGAAACACUUAAAGAGAAAGGAAGAGAUGAGGUACUAACAGCAGAGGAGCUCAAAGCAGCCCAGGAGUCUGUGGCCUAUGGAUGUAUCAAGUAUGCUGAUCUCUGCCAUCGUAGGACCAAUGAUUAUAUCUUCUCAUUCGACAAGAUGUUGGAUGACAAAGGGAACACCGCCGUCUACCUGCUCUAUGCAUACACCCGUAUUAGGUCUAUCGCCAGGAACGCCAAGGUGCUGUCUAAGACCCUGCAGGAGGCUGCAAAGACCAUGUCCAUUCCCGUCGAUCAUCCAAAAGAAUGGAAGCUAGCCAAGUGCCUAGCUAGGUUUCCUGAGGUCAUCUCCCGUACGCUGGACGAUCUCUUCAUCCACAGCAUCUGUGACUACCUCUACGAGGUGUCCAACACAUUCACAGAGUUCUAUGAAGUCUGCUAUUGUAUUACCAAGAACAAGCAGACAGGGGAAAUUGAGAGUGUGGACACAGGACGCCUGCUCCUCUGUGAGGCUACAGCCGCCAUCAUGGCAAAGGGCUUCGACAUUCUAGGACUCCACCCUGUCGAGAAGAUGUAGCAUUCAUUUUCUCUGAUGCUCAAAUUAAAAAGAAUAAUGUCCUCGGACUAUGAAAGUUAACUAAACCCUAUGCCCCAUAUUCUGAGUCGGGUUUAAAUCAAACCCUGGUUUAAAGUUGUGGUUUAACUAUGGAGAGCCAAUUGGAGCAC